AUGUCGAGAGUGGGUGUGCAUUGUACAAGCUGCCAGUAUCAGAACACAGGAACAAGCCGUCAGACAUUUUCGAAAUUGGUUCACAUCAAAGGUCGCAUCAAAGCUAUCCAAGAACACUUGACUCGCUUCAACCCUAUCAGCGAGCCAGCUUUAGCUCCAUCCAUAUCUAUUCUUGUGCCGUCUGUGCCUACCGAGUUCAAGGGUCUCCUCGGACCAGAAGAUAUCGAAACCCCUUACUAUGCUGAGGUAGUUUCAGUUUUGAAGAGCAUAUUUGGGCUGACUUCCUUCAGGCAAAACCAACUUGAAGCUAUCAAUGCCACACUGGACGGAAAGGAUGUCUUCGUCCUAAUGCCCACCAGUGGUGGGAAAGUCUUUGUUAUCAACUUCUGGCAGUCUGUAAGACUGGUAGGACCCAUGGCAUCCUUGCGAGAGAAGCACGUUAAUGUCGACUGUCUAAGAACUGUAGACGACUCGCGGGAUGUCAUGUGUCGCCUUCGAAGCCAGCAAAAACACGACAUUUGCUAUAUCACUCCUGAAAAGCUACGCAAGAGCAAUGCCAUGCAAGAUAUCCAAGCUCAUUGCCACCACCUCGGACGAUGGAACUCAACAAGUGUCGCGUGGAGUGCAGAUGGGCAGAACCUCUAUAUUGGUGCGCUAGACAACGAAAUUCAUGUAUAUGACUUACGCAAGGGCGAGCAGGUUUAUGCCCUGACUGGUCAUACAGAUGCUUGCAUUAUCACCCAAUGGUGCCUACCUCUUGUCGAGCUUAUGCUACAAUGUUCAACACGUCAGUGGAGCAGAGAUGCGCUGUGUUUUUUUGCAGAGACAAACAAAGAAUAG